AUGCAUGCAUUCUAUCACCCAGAAGGAAAGCCACCGAAAUCACUUUGAGUGAAGAAAAAAGCAGUAGAAUGUUGAGGCAAGAGAGGGAGCUUGCUAAAGCUAAGAAAGCCAUGAUCUUUUCGAUUGGAAUCCUUCUCAUUCAAAUCUCGAAUCUCGUCGCCGGCGAUGCAACAUCGCCGAAUACAGAAUGUGUGGCGGAGCCAGCGGCGGAGUUUGUGGCUUGUCUUCCGGUCAUUGCCGCCCCUCCAAACAACUUCAGCGUCACAUUUUCUCCUAAAUCCUCCGAUGUCACAACUUUUGUGUUUACGCCAACCGGAAACGGCAGUUACUGCCUCGACCCCCUCGUUCAGCAUCCUCCGAUCUUGGGUUUCCCUCUGAACGUCUCUAGGAUUAAUUUACUUCCCUCAGUCUGUUUGGGUGAUACCACGUGUUCACUGGCGACUACAGGUUUUGGUUCUUGAUCCUUGAAUAUCUCUUUUACUCAAAUUCAAGAUAUCUUACUUUAAUUGUGAUUUUUGAUUUUUGAUUGAAGAGUAAAUACAAAGGCAGUGAAGCCAAAUUCUUUUAGAUUGGAAUCAAAUUGAACCCGUGGUUUGGGUAGUGAAGUUUUCUUUUUUGAUUGGGAAUUGAACCAUAUCUCUGUCUGAUCAAAUACCCGCGGUUUGGGUAGUGAAGUUGUGUUUUGAUUGGGAAUAGAACCAUAUCGUCUGCCUGAUCAAAAUUCAAUCAAAAUUUAGGAUUUUU